CACGUCAACCGCUGAAUGAGGUGGGUCGUUCUUCACCUCGCAGCAUCACGUUACCGACAAACUGAUAUAAAUCUCGUUCUCCGGGUAAAAUUACACCAGUGUCGAGACGAUACGUGUUGUCGUUUUAGAGACUCGACCAGUAAGCGCGUGAAACGUUAGUGCAACGAUAGUGUUUUUUCAAAGCGCGGGAAAAUUUAAAAAUUGUACAAAGUACAUCCUCUCGUGUAAUUGUUGUUGUUGGAAGUUAUCAAUCAAAGGUUUAUCGAUCAUUUAGAAAAGAUUUUACCUUAAACUGACAUUUCACCAAUAUUGUUUAGUUCUAUCGAAACAGAGAAACAAAAGAUUCCUGAUCAAUAAGAAUUUUCAAGACGUGUCUCUAGACUAUCACGUGGUAUUGGUUACGCGUUGGUGAAACAAUCGAUUGUGGAUCGAUCAAGAGAUAUUGAUCGAAGGAAAUCGCAUCGUCUUUUAUUCAGAGCUGUCGAAUACGUUCGAGCCCUGAAUAACGUUACGAUCUCGUGUGUCGAUAGUUUCCUUCGAGAUAUUAUUACGCCCGCGACGCGGCGAUUAUUUUCGAUCGCGUUAACGAUCCGUUAACGAUUCAGAGACGAUUCAUGUCAAUGUCAGCCUCGAGACCAAACGAUCACAGUGUCGCAUGCAGCGCGUGGUGUCAGAAAAUGUGGUUCGGUUGUUCCUGAAAGUAUCAUGAUCCAAGCGAAGUGAAGGGGGCCGAGUGGAACGAAUUCCAUUGGUUUGUGAGAAGUUUGGCGACGCGGACUCGCCGUGCCAAGCAUGAUUUUCACCGGUCGGUCAGUGGACGCUCUCGACGAAGUUCGCGGUAGCAACGUGCAGGCGGAUAACCGUCGGGACGUUAGCGCCGUCGCCAUAGCCGCAGGAUGGUUCUCCAGUUUGCGCAGACCCGGCAAAAGGAACAAGAAGGGCUACCAAAAACAGGCCAAGAGCGCAUGGGACCUCAGCACAUUAUCUAUGCAACUGAAAGAUGAGCUGGGCGAGGUGGUGGCCGAGAUGGAGGCGAUGGAGGGCGGCGGCCUCGCGACCGACGAAACCAAGCCGUCGAACAAGGCGAAGCAGACGUCGAUCGGCCGUAAGAAGUUCAACAUGGACCCGAAGAAGGGCAUCGAGUACCUGAUCGAGCAUAAUCUGCUGGCACCGACGCCGGAGGACGUCGCCCAGUUCCUUUACAAGGGCGAGGGCCUGAACAAAACAGCGAUCGGCGAUUACCUCGGCGAGCGGCACGACUUCAACGAGAGGGUGCUGCGCGCGUUCGUCGAGCUGCACGACUUCACGGACCUGAUCCUGGUGCAGGCGCUCCGGCAGUUCCUCUGGUCGUUCAGGCUGCCCGGCGAGGCGCAGAAAAUCGACCGCAUGAUGGAAUGCUUCGCGCAGAGGUACUGCCAGUUGAACCCGAACAUAUUCACCAACACGGACACCUGUUACGUGCUCAGCUUCGCCAUCAUCAUGUUGAACACGUCUCUGCACAAUCCGAGCGUCAAGGAUAAGCCCAGCGUGGAACAGUUCAUAUCCAUGAACCGUGGCAUCAACAAUGGCGGUGACCUGCCGCGCGAACUCCUCGUGAGUUUAUACGAAAGUAUAAAGACAGAGCCGUUCAAGAUACCGGAAGACGACGGGAAUGAUCUGAUGCACACAUUCUUCAACCCCGACAAGGAAGGCUGGCUCUGGAAGCAAGCAGGCGGACGUUACAAGAGCUGGAAGAGACGGUGGUUCAUAUUGAACGACAACUGUCUCUAUUACUUCGAGUACACGACCGACAAGGAGCCACGCGGCAUCAUCCCGCUGGAGAACAUUCAGGUCAGAGAGGUGCAGGAUCGACAUAAGCCGCAUUGCUUCGAGCUGUACGCCGCCGGCUCCGAGUUCAUCAAGGCGUGCAAGACGGACAGCGAGGGAAAAGUUGUCGAAGGCAAACAUACCGUGUACAGAAUGUCCGCUGCCACGGACGAAGAGAAAGAAGAAUGGAUCAAAUGUGUGCGGCAAAGCAUAUCGCACAAUCCCUUCUACGACAUGCUUGCGGCGAGGAAAAAGAAGGCGCAAAAGACAAACGUACAUUCAAAGAGUUAAACUUUACCACGGACACAGCUUCGAGAGAAGCCUGGCAAGACACAAAACUGUCUAUUCACGGACCUGCGUCCCUAUCAGGAUCGUGGAAUACAAUCAAACGAAUCUGGAUGAAGGGCCAUCCAAUUACACGUGGUGGAUUUAACAAGGAAAUACAUAGAUGUUCGCUUCACCUGUUGAUGAACGCUUGAUGGAACGUGGCAUCGUUGAUCAAGCCAGAAGACCCGCGAAGAAACGAGAGGAGUAGAAGAUGAAAGGAACAGAAAACGAUGCUACUGAUUGAAAAUCGUUUGGCAUUAUGUUUUGUAUAAAGGCUUACGCUGCAUUUUUAGGGGCCUAGAUACGUAUUGUUUUAAAUGAAUUUCGACGAUAGAAUCCUGAGCCUGAGAGACGUUUGAAGUUGUAACAAUUUUAAGAACAGUACAGUGAUAUUGAUUCGAAUUGGAAUCACGAAAAGACAAGUUUUUUUUUUUUUUUUUAUUCCUUUUCGUAAAGCUUUGCAAAGAGGUAGGCGAACGAAGAUUUGGGACAGCUUCGAAUAAGUUAGAAAAGUAUGGACGCGUGUAAUAGCUCAACGACCGAUGGAAAGAUAGAUUCGUCCAGAGAACAGAGAAGAGACAAUUUUUGGAAAGAGUGAAAUCUUUCUUAUUUUCCGGCAGCUGUAGAGAAUUAUCGAGGCUCGAUGUUUUAUUUCGAGUCAACCGAAAUGUGCGUAAAAUAUUUAUUUUAUACCGGAACCUUCGCGCGGUGUAAUAUCAUAGUUCCGCGUUCUUUUGUAAGAAAGAAGAAAAGCCGAAGGUUCUAACGCUUUAACCGAAGAUAAUUAGAAAGUGUAACGGAACAAAGACUUUAUAAACGACUAGACACGGACGUUAGAGGCGAGAAUGAAUUAGCAAGAUGAGAUGCGUGCAUUAAUGUGAUAGUUGUGUAUUUAUUUGAAAGAAGAAUGAAACGUAUUUAGAUAAGACUAGUUAAAAGAAAAAGCUAGUUUCCUCAAUAUGCCAGAAAUCAUCUUAAACUGUACAUUGUCGUACAGUUUGUAAGUAUGGCACGUUAGCCAAUUAUGUGACUGUAGGCUAGAAUAAUUUUCGUUUUUCCUUCGUUUGAAUUAUUUUCAUGUUUUCGUACGAAUUAUAUUUAUAUAUAUGAUUAUUUAUAUAUAUAAAUAUAAGUAUCUAAAUACAUAAAUAUAUAUAUAUUAUGCACGAGGUGUGUUGUAGCUUUGUGCAUAUAUAUAUAUGUAUGUGUGUGUAUAAAAUAAUUAUAAUAGUACACGAAAGUUAAAUAGUAACUUGAUGAGAUCCAAUUAAGAGCCUGCAUCCUUACAGUAUUCAGUCUCGUGACAAAAACUGAAAUAUGAGCAUAAUUUACGUUGUCUACGAAAUCCACAGGAUUUUUUUUUUUUUUAAUAUACAUUGAGAGUUAUUUAUUCGUUUAGGUUAUUCUAGAUUUAAAAAAAAACAUACUAAUAAAGUUCAUCUUUAAGUAGGCUUAUCCUGCUUUUUCGGUUUUGAAAAAUUUAAUCAGAUUUAAUCAAAGUUUUUGAAACAGAUCUUCCAUAUCCAUUUUUGAUAAUGAUCAUUUCGACAAACGUUACAUUUUUUUUUAUAUUGCAAAGUAUAUCAAUUACUAGCUAAUUAAGCUCUUUCUAUUUAUCAAAUUCUCAAACUUGUUUCUUUGUAACGAAGCAGCAUCCGAAGCAGGAUUUAAAUACACUCGUUCAUUAUUUCCCCGGCUCUAGUUUAAGAACCCGUACUGAUCCGUCUUCGUGUCACAGUUUUCUAAACAUAGAUCCUUCCAGUUUAGCGAUUAUCUAGCGAGCUUAAAACCAUAAUCGUAUCAAUACAUAGACGAAAGGCAAGAAGACAGAAAAAGUAAAAGGCAAUGAUGUGGGUGCCUUUGAGAUCUUGUUCAAGCUAGUCGUAACAAUUAAUCCGUCAUAUGCAAGGAGUGUGUAACGGAACUCCAGGAUUAAUUAUGUUCUUUUCCUUUUCUUUUUUUUUUUUUUUCUGCUAGACACGAGAGAGUCAGACAUCGAAAAAGCCUUAUUACGAUUUACUAAAUAAUGAAACGCAGAAAUAAUUAUAUAGGGCCAAGACUAAUAGGAUGUAAGUUUUUUAACGUCACGCUACUCAUGGUAGGAUGUAUAACUGUUCCCCCGGGAAACAGUGAUUUGUACCCGAUCGUAGUUUUCAAGGAAGCGCACUAUUUCUAUUGGACUAUUGACAGAUAAUUGAUUCGUGGCUACCAACCCGUCCUUGAAUCGUCUUUGUACAGAUUAUUUUCUCUCUCUUUCUUUUUCUUCUCUCCACUUCCUUUCUUUCAACUGCCUGCAAUUACAAACAAUUCGAGGGAGGGGUACCGCGUUGAUCAUUAUUUGUCUGUAAUAUUUAUUCAAUAACAUCGAUGAACAUGUUUCUUUAAGCAGUGCUACGGAAAUAAUAGUUAUAUACAUAUAUAAAUAUAUAUAU